AUGAUAUACUACCCACAGCACCUGCGCUACGCCGGCAUCCGUCUUGACACCGAGCAGCCGCUGUCGUCUGCUGACCACAGCACGAGCACGAGCAACAUGAAGACGAAGACGAAGACGGGCGUGCGAAGCGCGGAGUGGCGGCUCUCGGUGAUUCUGGCGUGGAUCACCGUCGCGCACUUCGUCUUCGUGGCUCUUACAACCGCGUACCUCCUAAGCACCACCACCUUCCCCCCAGCCCCAUCCCCUGCUCCCUUACCCCCUACCCCUCCCACACCCACACCCGCACCCACACCCACACCCACCCCUCACCUCCCCCCACAAAUAUCCGCCUGGGCAACACUCCUCGGGCUCUCCUCCGCCUCGCUCGCAGCCAUCCAAUACGCCCCGCAGCUAGCGCACACGUACCGCACGAGGUUGGUGGGUGCGCUGAGUGUCCCGAUGAUGUGUAUUCAGACGCCUGGUGGUGUGUUGAUGGUGUUGAGUAUUGUGUGGAGGCCUGGGACGAAUUGGACGACUUGGAAAAUCCGCCAGCGAAGAUUGGGAAUUGACGAUUUUGGGAAUGCGCUCCUUGACCCGGCGUCGUCUCCCCCCACCUCUACGCACAACGCGACGUACGGCGCUACAGACACAAACGCAAACGCAAACACAUCUACGACCACAAGAGCCGGAAACGUAGAAAACGUGUCAGUAGAAGAGGUGGAGGAUAUCGUACCAGUCCCGGGUCUAGUGACGACACCAUCGGAAGACCCGCGCGCUGUACGCGCUGUGUUGGCUGCUGCGCUCGAGUCGGCGGCGGAGAGUCGGUUGGUGGAUGUGGGGGAUGAGCGGACGCCGUUGUUGGGUGGGGGUGGGUCUGGUGUUGUGGGUGCGGGUGCGGGUGCGAGCGGGAGUGGGGGUGGGGUUGGGGGUGGGACGGGGGCGGGGAGCAAGCAGGUGAGCGAGGAGGUGAAAGGGUGGCAGGCGUGGUUUCGCCGUAGAUGA